AUGGGUGAAAUGCAAUCAGGAAUGGAUUGCAGGAAUGGGGGAUGUGACAUCAAGGUGGAAGGGCGGGGAUUGGUGGUGCCGGGGUGGGCACCACAGACUGAGAUUUUAGGACAUGUUGCAACCGGUGGGUUCACGAAUCAUUGUGGAUGGAACUCAUGUACAAAGUGUAUAUCAAGGGGAGUGCCAAUGGCUACUUGGCCGAUGCAUUCUGAUCAGCCACGAAAUGCAUUUUUGAUAACUGAUGUUCUUAGAAUUGGGUUGGUGGUGAAAGAUUGGGAACAUAAAGAUGAGUUGGUAAAGUCGGUGGUGGUGGAGGAUGUUGUUAGGAGAUUAAUGGAUUCCAAGGAAGGGGAAGAGGUGAGGAAGAGGGCGAUGGAAUUGGAGGACAAAGUGAAGAGGUCGUUGGCGGAGGGCGGUGAAUCUCGUAAGGAGACUGAGUCGUUCAUUUCCUACAUAAGCAGGCAUGGAUAG